GACUGUAGGCUGGUAACAUUAUUUUAAAAAAAUUCUAAAAUUUCGUGUCAGGGAUCUAGCUGUGGCAAUAUGGCUGUAGCUUUCGAGUUUUGCUGGUAGUGCGCGGUGCUUCAAUCAUUUUCAAUAUUGAACGGAGUAUUUCCGACGGAUCUCAAGUUAUGUUAUAAAUUUUUAGUGAUUGCUGUAUCUGUAUACCUAGUAUUUUUAUUAAUUCUUGUUGAAAUUUUCUGAAUUUUUUAAUUAGUCGUCACCAGCAUUCACGCGACGACAAAAUGGCGUCGCUUGACAAGAUUUUGCAGCAAAAUAUAUUUUUCAAUUUUGUUAUUUUGUCAUAAAAUAAUAUAAAAAAAUGUCACAACAAGUGUUUCAAUGUAUUUUAAUUAAAUGAUUUGAUCACUUUUUACGUGUAUUAGUCCGUAAUAAUUUAAGAUACCGUGCAUUCAGAGAAUUUUCAUCAAAAUGAACUUGAAGGGCUCUAUUAAUGAAUCUGGGAGUGAGUCUAUGAGUGAGAAAGAAGAGAAAAGUGAUUCUAGUGGAUCAGGCUCGGGAAGUGAAAGUGAUAGUGGAUCGAGCUCUUCUGGAUCAGGGUCAGCUGGGAGGUCGGGAUCUGAGAAAUCUUCUAAUGCAGAUAGGUCACAUCUUAGCGAUGGCACGAAAUCUUCACCAAAACACAGUAAUGCCAAUUCUUCUAAAUCUGAUCAUCACACCGAUAAAGAUUCUUCUGAUGACUCUAUAUCUAAACGAAAAUCAAGAAAUAAUUAUGGAAAGGUCAAAUCAGACCUCUGGGAAGAUAAUCCAGACAUAUAUGGGAUUAGAAGAUCGGCAAGGUCGAGAAAAGAACCAGAUCGAUUAAAACUCGCUGAUAGUGACUCAAGUGAUAGAGGACGUAGUCACAACAGACGAAAUAAAAAAAAGAGUGGUUCCUGGAACUCUGAGACUUCUGAUAGUGAUAGUGAUAUGAAAGCUUCCCCACCUCCCCCCUCAAAGCGACCAGGCCAAAGAAGCGUCCCUCUUAGAAAAAAGAAACCAUCUAGAAGAAGAUUUACUAGUGAUGAAGAUGAAAGUUCAGAAGCUUCUGAUGAAGAAACUAGGAGCCGCACGGCUACACGACGGACUGGCGCAGCUGUUAGUUAUAAAGAAGCGAGUGAUGAACAAACUGACUCUUCUGAUUUAUUAGAAGUUGAAGGAGAAGGUGAAGUUGAACCUGAACCUGAAGACCACAGUGAGACAAUUGAAAGGGUACUAGGCCACAGGCGAGGCAAAAAAGGAGUCACUGGAAAUGUGACUACAGUUUACUAUGUAGAAGAGAAUGGGGAUCCAAAUGAAGGUUGCAAUCCUGAUGAUGAAGAGGCAACUGAAUCGCAGUACCUGAUCAAAUGGAAAGGCUGGUCUCAUAUACACAAUACAUGGGAGUCCGAAAAAAGUCUUAAUGAACAAAAAGUAAAGGGACUAAAAAAGUUAGAAAAUUAUAUAAAAAAAGAAGCAGAAUUAAGUUGGUGGAGACAACAGGCGGGGCCUGAAGACAUUGAUUAUUUUGAGUGUCAGUCUGAGUUACAACAGGAAUUAGUUAAGACCUACAAUUUUGUAGAAAGGAUAUUUGCUGAACAGACACGUGAACUAGAAGGCGGUGGUACUGCACAUGAGUACUUUUGUAAAUGGGAGUCAUUACCUUAUGCGGACGCAACUUGGGAAGAUUCUGCUCUAAUAGAAAAAAGGUGGCCAGAAGAAGUUGCUACUUUUAAAAGUAGAGAAGCUGCUAAAACCACUCCAUCCAGGCAUUGCCCUGUUUUAAAACGACGGCCAAAAUUUCAUCAACUUAAAGAACAACCUGAAUAUAUGGGCAAAGACCAGUCCUAUGAGUUGAGAGAUUAUCAAAUGGAUGGCUUAAACUGGUUAAUACAUUCCUGGUGUAAAGAUAAUUCCGUCAUACUAGCUGAUGAAAUGGGCUUAGGAAAAACCAUACAGACAAUAUGUUUUUUAUAUUAUCUAUUUAAAUCUCAACAACUUUAUGGACCAUUCCUUUGCGUGGUACCAUUAAGUACAAUGACAGCAUGGCAAAGAGAAUUUACACAGUGGGCACCUGAUAUUAAUGUCGUAACUUACAUUGGUGAUGUCACUAGCAGAAAUAUCAUCAGGCAAUUUGAAUGGAGUUUUGCUAGUUCAAAAAGAUUAAAAUUUAAUGCUAUCCUAACUACAUAUGAAAUAUUAUUAAAGGAUAGACAAUUUCUAAGGUCUUUUAGUUGGGCCUGUCUUUUAGUAGAUGAAGCACACAGGUUAAAAAAUGAUGAUUCCCUUUUAUACAAAGCAUUAAAGGAAUUUGAUACUAAUCAUAGGUUAUUAGUUACUGGAACUCCAUUACAAAACUCCUUAAAAGAAUUAUGGGCUUUGCUACAUUUUAUAAUGCCAUACAAAUUUGAAUCUUGGGAAGAAUUUGAAAAAGAUCAUGAAGAUGCAGCAACUAGAGGCUACGAAAAAUUGCAUAAGCAACUGGAACCUUUUAUAUUACGAAGGCAAAAGAAAGAUGUUGAAAAGUCUUUGCCUGCAAAGGUAGAACAAAUAUUAAGGGUAGAAAUGACUUCCAUACAGAAGCAAUAUUAUAAAUGGAUACUUACAAAAAAUUACAGUGCUUUACGAAAAGGUGUUAAAGGCUCAAUGAACACAUUUAUUAAUAUUGUGAUCGAACUUAAAAAGUGUUGUAACCAUGCACUCUUGACAAAACCUGAAGACUUUGAAUCAAGAGCAUCUCUUGCAACUACAGAUGCUGUUGAGAAACUACUAAGAGGUUCCGGGAAACUGCUAUUGUUAGAUAAAUUAUUGUGUAGGUUGAAAGAAACUGGUCACAGAGUUCUUAUAUUUUCUCAAAUGGUUAGAAUGUUGGACAUCCUUGCCGAAUAUUUGCAAAGGCGACAUUUUCCGUUUCAACGACUAGAUGGAAGCAUAAAAGGUGAAAUAAGAAAACAAGCCCUUGAUCAUUUUAAUGCAGAAGGGUCCCAAGAUUUCUGUUUUUUACUGUCGACACGUGCCGGUGGACUUGGUAUUAACUUGGCCACAGCCGACACUGUUAUUAUAUUUGACUCUGAUUGGAAUCCACAAAAUGACUUACAAGCACAAGCUCGCGCUCAUCGUAUAGGACAAAAAAAUCAGGUCAAUAUUUAUCGAUUAGUAACUGCUAGAUCUGUUGAAGAAGAUAUAGUAGAAAGAGCUAAAAGGAAAAUGGUUCUUGAUCAUCUAGUCAUUCAAAGAAUGGAUACAACAGGUAGAACAGUCCUUAACAAACGAGAUGCGUCAGGUACAAAUGCAAACAAUCCUUUCAAUAAAGAAGAUUUAAAUGCAAUUCUUAAAUUUGGUGCAGAGGAGUUGUUUAAAGAUGAUGAUGAAAAUGAUGAGGACCCAGUUUGUGACAUUGACGAAAUCUUGCAAAGAGCAGAAACCAGAGAUGAGGGACCAACCAUGGCAGGAGAUGAACUACUUUCUGCAUUUAAAGUUGCUAGCUUUGCAUUUGAUGAAGAAAAAGCUGUGAUGGAAGUGAAAAAAGAGAGUACUGAAGAAGAAGGCAAAGAUUGGGACGACAUUAUUCCAGAAAAUGUGAGAAAAACUAUUGCAGAGCAAGAAAAAACUAAAGAAAUGGAAGAUUUAUAUUUACCACCUAGGCGAAAAAAUAAUCAACAAAGUAAUGUUGAUAGCAAAGGUGGUCGUAAGCGACGAGGUCGUAGCGGUGUGGAUGGCGUUGAAGGCGGUGACGGAGCGGAUGGCGAGGGUGACGUAGAGAGUGACAUUUCGGACGCCGAUGUGAGCGCCGACGACGACCGGCCGAGGAAGAGAGGCCGUCCACCAGCGUCGCACAGAGAAAAGAUAAAAGGAUUCACUGAUCAAGAAAUUCGUAGGUUCGUCAAAAGCUUUAAGAAGUUCUCGGCACCCCUAAAACAUCUCGACAGCAUAGCUUGUGAUGCAGAGCUUCAGGAGAAGCCAUUGGCGGAUCUGAAGAAGUUAGGAGAAAUUCUCCAAGAGAGAUGUAAAGCUGUGUUAAAUGACACAAAAGAGAGUAUUAAUGAAAACAAUGAUGGCCGCAAAAACGCAAGAAAGACAUUUAAGCUUGGGGGUGUUCCUGUUAAUGCUAAGACUAUGGCAGCCUGUCAGGAUGAACUUGCACCUUUGGAUGAAUUUUUGCCACAAACUAAAGAAGAACGGUUAAAAUGGCAACUGGAUUUCAGGACAAGGCCUGCAAACUUUGAUGUGGAGUGGGGAGUUGAAGAUGAUUCUAAACUAUUGGCUGGUAUAUAUCAGUAUGGCAUGGGAUCAUGGGAGGCCAUUAAAAUGGACUCAUCAUUCGUUAUUGGUGACAAAAUUCUUACCAAUGAAGACAAGAAACCGCAGGCCAAACAUUUACAAUCAAGAGCAGAGUAUUUACUGAAACUUAUUAAAAAGUUGCUUGAUCAGAAACAUGGUAAGCAGAAACAAAGAAAGCCUCGAAUGAAGAAAGGAGCUAAGGAGCCCGUGACUAAAGAUACAAUUGAUGAUGAUAUGAGUUCUGGGAACGAAAAUAAAAAAAUAAAUAAAAGUGUAAAAAACGAUAAAGGAGAAAAGGGUAAGUCAAAACUUGAGGAUACACUAACGCACGACGAAACAUCAAAUGACAGAAAAGAAAAGGAUAAGAAACGUACAAGGAAAGAAGGAAAAGAUCGAACCAAAAAUGAUAAGGUUAGGGGUCGUAAAAAACCGGCUGGUCCUAUGCAUUUUACAGCUAACAAUGAGCCCAGGGCUUUAGAGGUUUUAGGCGAUUUAGAUCCGUCAGUGUUUGAAGAAUGUAAAGAAAAAAUGAGACCUGUCAAAAAAGCUCUUCGAGCUCUUGACAACCCUGAUCAAACUUUGUCAGAAACUGAACAAGUAUCCAGAACGAGAGCUUGCCUAACACAAAUAGGAAAUCAAAUAGAUAUAUGUUUAUCUGAAUAUCCAGACCCCGAGAAAAAAGUUGAAUGGAGGAGUAAUCUCUGGUAUUUUGUUUCAAAAUUUACUAAUUUUGAUGCUAAACAACUAUAUAGGCUAUAUAAAUACGGUCUUAAGAAAAAUGUAGAAUCGAAGAAAGAUGGUAAACAUAAGGAAAACAAGUUAAAUGCUAAAAAUAACAUAAGCAGUACUAAUAAUCAUGUUAAAUCUUAUAAGAAGGAAGUGAAACACGAUGAUAACAAUAGAAAAGAAAAGAGACCGAAAUUCGACAAGGAUAAAACAGAUAAAAACAAUGAAAAGGUACCUCACGCUUCUGGAUUAAAAAGAAAACUUGAGGAAGGUGAAUGUGAUCCAGAUUCAAAUGAAAACAAAAGGCAUGAAAGACAUAAACUCAAACACAAGGAACGCAGAGAUAGGGAAGGGAGUUUGAAGCGAGACGAUUUGAUGUACAGAGAACGAAGCCGGACGGAUCGCGAGAGGGAACGAGAUCGAGACCGAGACCGCGAGCGUGAUCGAGAUCGAGAGCGCGACCGCGAUCGAGAACGCGACCGGGAUCGGGAUCGCGACCGUGAUCGUGAGCGGUCUCGGACGCGGAGGGACAGUGGGGGCGUGGGGCCGCCGCGGGUGCGUCCACCCUACGCGCCGCACGCGCACGCCGAUCACGCCGCGCACCCAGCGCACCCUGCGCACCCCGCCUGGACGCCACCCGCCUAUCCCGGCCCGCGACAAUACCGUGGUGGUGACCGUAACGCGAGGCUGCACGAUAAGAGACGGUUUGGAGGAUAUGCGGCCAUGGGUGGUCCUUACAGUGGAUAUUAUGAUGGCGCAGCGAUGCCGGGGGGUAUGGGUUUUCCACCCGUGCGACCUUACCCGGACGAUUGGCGUGGCUACACGGCGCAAUCGGAUUAUACCUACGACGAGCGAGAUUAUGAGCGCGAAGUCUACCGAAGAGAUUACGAUCGGCGGGCACCACCGACUUAGCGAGCUCAUCGAUUGAACUGUGAAUGUUUUAUGUAAAUAUAGUAAUAAAGAUAAAGAUAUGUAAAUAGUCAUAGAAGUAGAUUUCUUCGUGGACGCUAUAUAGACGUAAAGUGUAAGUGACAAAUAGUGCUGUGGUUUUUAUCUAUGUGAUAAGCGAAAAGCGACGUCAAUAAUGACUCGAGACCUUUAACAAUGUUGUAAUUGUGUUUGUAAGUGAGACUGUAUAGUGAAUUUAUUUAUUUCUGAGUUUGGCGAUAAUUUGUUUCGUGUACAGAUUUUAGACAAAUAAUAAUAUUAUUUUUUACAUUGUUUCAAUUUGUUGCUAAUUUUUACUGGUUUUUAAAUAGUAAUCUUAUUCGACUAUCUCUUGAUUUUCUAUUAAUUUAAUGCCAAUAUUAGGUAUUUAUUCGUCAGAGACAGGUGAUAUCCAUGUAUGAUAUAUGAUAUAUAGGUUAUAAUGUACAAAAUUCCGCAACUAAUAAGGCGAUUUGCAUAUAAGCAAAAUCAUGUGCAGUUUGGGACAUGUGUAUAGUAACAAAUAACACUUACUCUUUGUCAUUGCAUUUUAGCAGUGUAUCGGAAAGAGUUGCAAUGUUAUUUCCUUUCUCAAUAAAUAUGCAUUUCUGAGUCCAACCAGGAUUCAUACAGUCCUAUUUUUAUACAUAUGUAAAAUCUUAUUCUCUGUUACAUGUAAUUGAAUGUAAUAAGAGUGAAUGCGUCUUGGUUUAAACCAUGAUAAUAAACAUAUUAUAAAAGUUGA